GCAUGGGCCGUCUACAAGGGCAAGUACCAGGAGGGCACGGACAAGGCCGACCCCUCCACCUGGAAGACGCGACCGGGGCGCGGGCUGGGGAGGGUGGGACCCCCAAAUCCCUCCCACCACAGCCCCUCUCCCCUACAGGGCAGCGCUGUGGGGACACAGGAUGGGGACAUGCAGAAGGUGACGGUGGAGACGUGCCAUGUGUCGCCGCUAUCCCUGCUCCCUGCCCACCCGGCCGAGAGAGGGUACCACGUGAGGGGGGUCUUCUAUGGCUGGAACCCAACCCACAGCCACCUCCUGCCCGGUCUCCUGCCCGGCCCCCCAUCCUACCUCCCCAUGGAGGACGUCAACCACUCAGACUGCUGGCUCCACGUCCGCCUGUACUACUGCGACGUGCUGGUGAAGGAGGUGACCACACGCACGGCCGAGGGCUGCCGCAUCGCCUCCCGCGCCGUGCCGGCCGACAGGGUCUUCAUGAAGAGGCAGUGCCAGGGCAGGGUGUACUGGAACGGGCCACUGGCUCCACACAGGGACUGGCCCAACAAGCUGGAGAGGGAGAAGACCUACAAGCUGCUGGACACGCAGCAGUUCCUGCAGCAGCUGCGGGGGUACCUGAGCCAUGGGCAGCCCACGCCGCAGUACCAGAUCCACCUCUGCUUCGGCGAGGAGUUCCCCACCAGCGCCGGGCACCACUUCCAGAAGCUCAUCAUGGCCCAC